GUAUUGUCAAAGUUUUGACAGCUCAGAAGGAAAAUUUUCAGAAUAGGACACAAAUUUUGCAAAAUAUUGUCCACAAAUGUGCCCCAAAAUGGAGUGAAUUUGUGUUCGAAGUGUAGAGUGACAGUCAGUGCAGCGUUUAACAUUGGAUUCCGGUGAAACCGUGGCCGCGCGAGUGCGUCCGAACGAAUUCCAGUUUUUGCCCUUCCGAUCUACAGACAAAAAUUGGUUUGUCGAUUCAGUGGCAGAAGCAGCAGCAGAAUCGUCAUAGGAAGAGUGUGUGGAGUACGCCGCGGACGAGGGAAAAAACGCAAGAGGCAACAACAAAAAUAACAAACGAAACAAACGAUUCCGCUUUCCUCUGCCGACGAGAACCUCCGUUGGGUUUGUGUGGCCCUGCUGGGAACUGGAGUAACAUCCGAACUACGGCCCAUCAGAGGAAGGUGUUCUUGAAGAAAGAAAGAAGUAAUCCUCAAAAGAUUACCCGGAUCCCCCUCGAUUGACGGAGAUUUUUCUCCGACAUCGUACACUGCUCAGGUCAUGUCAUGUCAACAGGCGUCUCGAGUCCAGGAAGAUCCAUAUGCUUUCACGGAGCCGGCGCCUCUUCCAGCAAAUACAUCCCUAUACAAGCACUCACAUGUUGUAAGUAGUAGUCCUUCUGCUGCGAACGCCCCUGCCACAAGUCCAGCGACAUCCGUCAUUCAGGCUGGAACCAGUUUGCUUACCAGCAACAACAACAUCAGCAGUGGCAACCACAAUGUCGUGCAGCAGCAUCGUACCUCUGGACCGAAUACCAAGGUGACGCCUAUCAAAGUGUCCAUUGUACAGUCCACGGCAGCGUCAACCGUUGCAUCCCUUGCCAAGUCGCGGUUAAACGGUAGUACUACUGCAACAAUGCCUACCAGCUCCGGGGGCACUGUUUUCCGGACGGUAUCAAUUCCACAAUCGACAACGAUCGUGCAGAAAAGUCCACAAGUGUUCGUCAGUGCAUCGCAACCGUCACAUUCAAAAGCGAUGUCAACGACAACCGGCACUAGUAGCUACUCCACCGCUAUAUCAUCCCCAACAGUAUUCACCAAACCCUUACAGGUUCAAAUAUCUCCACAGCAAACAGGAAAGUUCUCCAGGCGUGUACUUGCCAGCAAAUCUCCGAAUGUAUCGCCAGCUGCUAUUCAAACUGUACGAAUAGUAAAGAGUCCAAGCCCGCAACAGCCAAUCGGAGGCAGACCAACUAUAACGCCUGAUGCUCGAAGAUAUCUCAAUCAUUCCAGCAACAGUCUGCUGGGUCCUCCCCCAGCCAAUACCACUGUUGCCCCACCGGUUCCCAUUCAGUCGGUAUCGCCUACAAAGAUUCGUCUGAUCCAACCUCAACCGCAAGGGAAGAUUUUUCUUCACACCCCAAACAGCAGCAAUAGUUUAGCUGCGGCGACUCACAUUUCCAAUCCUGCCAGCAUAGCGGCCCUACGGAACACCCUCGCCAGACAGAAUCCUUCACUUUUGAACAAAAUCCCAAAUGUGGCAACAACGCCGCAACAACAGGUCAUCAAUACGAACAGCACGGUUCUUCCAACAGCUAGACAAACUACACCGACCCCGACCGCCAUCAACAUUCGACGGCCGUCCCCACCGUCAAGCCAAAUGAGUCUCGAAACCGCCACAACGACAGUUCCAGCGCCACCUUCUUCUCCCUUACCUGCAUUGAAUGUUCCAACGAAUGUUGCAACAGUGGCUGCUUCCGCGAAUCUUCUUGCUGCGUCCAAGUCCAUUCCCCAAAAUCCACGAACUCCCACGUCAAUUCUGAAACCUUCUGCACCCACUCUUCCUCCGUUACCACCCCAAGACGACUUUACGAUCCCCUCCUUCAUUAUUCCCAAAAAUGAGAUCAAAACAGAGCCACCACCUCCUCCUCCUCCCCCUCCAAAUGACUCGCCACUCUCUGUUCUCCAAACAACCCCCAAAACUGCUCUUGGGAUACCUGCGGCGACUGUCAGCAUUACCGCCCCGUCCACGCCGAAGUCACAGGGAAAAGGUCGCCCCUCGCAGGCUGAUCGUACGACCACAGCUAAAUUUUCCCAAAGCAAUCAGCAAGGCCCCACCGCUAAGCGUAUGAAGCGAUCCUACAGUCGUUCUUCGCAUCACGAGACCCUCGAAAGGAUAUUGCCUGCGUCGCAAGUGAAGGAUGAACAGGAAGAGCCAAGCGAAAGCAAACCACAACCCGCCACUGUUCGACUGUCCAAGUGGAAACCGCCAGGAGCCAUCGCGAUCCCAAUUAACCGCGAAUGGCACGCCCCGGACUCAUACGUGUUUGAUAUUUGCACUCCUGGAUCAGUAAACUACAGCUCGCUGUCCAGAGCUCCCUGCGUUCAGGACGUUUGGUUCAAUGAAGUUUACGCCAGCUCUGAGGUGGACACAAGUAUAGCGGCCGCCAUGUGCCGUUCUAGAAAACCCGGAUCUAAGAAGCACGACGAACAGAACAGUAAGUUACACCAGCUGAAUCUCGAUGUUUCGGGUGAAGGCAACUCGGAGUUGAAAAAACUGAGCCGCGACGAGAGGCUGGAGCUAAAACGAGCACAACUCAGACGUAAAACUGUGCAAUAUUGGAACGGACAAAAGCUGCGGGGUAAUUUACCAGCAAGAAAGCGCUAUCGAGAUGUGGAAAAGAUGCUAAGUAAGAUGGACCACCAUCGGGAGCAGACUUUAAAGCGAAAUGGUGGUGUCGAGCAACCGAAAUGCCAGCGAUCAGGAUGCAACCAGGUGGCCCUACUGGCAACAACCCACUGCUAUCAGCAUAUAACAGAUAAUACCGAGCAACGCCUGUUCCAGCAGUGCACUGCCAAGUUCUCCGACAACAGUCAGUGCAGGGUGCCCGUGUUUGACAUCAGUCACGAACUGAUCCUUUGUCGGGAGCACGCCUGGAAGCACGAUAAUCAUGACAAAAUGUCCGCCGAAGUAAAAUUACUGAAGAAACCUGGAACCGGGAACGCCGCCCUCAAGAAGAAGCAGCCGGUUGUAAAGCAGCCAGUUGCGACAUCGGCCCGAACAGCUGGUUCGGUUCCGACGACCGACAAGGCCAAGAAAAAGAGCAAAAAGAAGAAGUUAACGCCUCUCCAGCAGCAAGUUGCCCUUCACCAGCAACAAUAUAAACAACAGUAUUCGAAACCGACAUUACCUCCACCAGCGUACGGAACCGUGACUGGGGCUUCUGGAACAGUGCAGAUUGUUCAAAAGUCAAAUACCAUCCGACAAACAGUGGGAAGCAACAUUCUUCAGCAGAGGCAGCAUCAGCUUCAAAGCAACCCCACAGCAGCCGGUGUAGUACAAAUGGUCCCAUCGCAGUCCACAAUCAACCGAAACGUCCACAUUCCGUUGAGCCAGCAGUUGCGCCAAGUGCAGAAUCAACCGAUUGCUGGCAGUGCGACCACGUACCAGCAUUUGUUAUCUCAAUCACAACAACAGCAGCAACAGCCACACAUGAUUGGGCGGAAUCACGAUCUGAUGCUGAACUUUGGCGCCCACCAACAGCAGCAACCUCAGUCGCAGUCGGUCGGGUUUGAUCAGCAGCACGUGCAGCAAAUGCUAAGCGGGACCACCACUCAGGAUCUGUUGAAUAUAUGCGAGAACAGUUCAGCUUAUGCCAGCUCCGAGGACACUGGUGUUGGGGGACUGUCCGAGUCGGAACUGAUGGCCGCUCCGGAUGUGAUAGAGGAAAUACCUUUCGAGAUCGGAAAUCUCAACAACGUCCUGAGCCAGUUGCCAGCUGAUGCAUUUAACGAGUUACUUUUUAGCGAACAAGAGCAAAACGCGCCAACAUUCGAGUCCACCCAGGAGGAGGAUCAGGAUCUGGAACGGGCCCUCGAAGUGGUUGGCGAACACGUCAAGUCCCUGGAGGAUAUGACGGUGGAGUCGGCGAACUUUCUGGGUGACUUCCUCGAUAACGUUGACGACGAAAUGCUGGACGGGUCGGACAUCUGCACGGAUCAGAUGCUGCAGUCGCCGAACACGAACGACAUUCGCGGGCUGGUGCACACGUGAGGAAGAACCUCGCUGACCAGCAGGUGGUAGAUGGGUAAGCGAGAUAUCGGUAUGUUUGUGUUUGUGGAUAUAAAUGUGUGUCAUUUGGGGAUUUAUUUGCUCGCGUUGGGAAACGCCCUAUUUUUUGUAACUAUUCGUUGUUUAUGUAAGGAAUUUUUUUGAAAGUGAUAUUUUCGGUUGAGCGAAACUAAUUUUAAGGGUGUACUAUUUUCUCAAGUCCUAUGGAAAGCGUGACAUGAAGGGUAACGAAAUGGAAAUUAAGUCAUAGAUGGAACUUGUGUAUUCCUACUAGAAGAUAACAGAAGGUCGAAUUUGUUCUGCUUCAUUUCUUUCGUAAGAUUCUGAACGAAACCGAUUAGGAUAGAAUGUGUUGUGUAAAUGUAGAAACACAAAAGUAACAAAUGGAAACAAUAAUCCUUAUUUAUUCACAACUGGUACUUUAGGUGAAAAAUGAGCUUCAUUGAAAAGCUGCAGAGGAAAACAAGGAAAGCUGGGAGAAUCAGUUAUCCAAAAAAAGUAAUGCUUUAGGCUUUAAUAGGUACUGUUAAGCGCAGACUUCGGAUUUCCAGGGCCGAGGAUGUAGUGGACACGGACUUUGAUUUGAAUACUAAAUACGCUUCUUUACAUACAAAACAAAAUCCAAUUCAAUAAAUUCUGUGAAUUUGUUUAUCGCUAUUUUACUGUAAUACGAAUAAAAAAAAGAUUUGCGCUAUUAUGUUCUGACUAGAUCCUAAGUUGUAUUUACUCACAUACACCCAUUUAACAUGAUUUUUAUUAGAAAGCAGGAUAUCUACUAGGUUCGUUAAGUUGUAUACAACUACUAAAGCAAAAACAGCAACAACAAUAAACUCGCCCAUUCAUCUACAGGCUAACUGAAAAGGGUAGUUGGA